ACUCAGAAAAUUAGCAGGAAUGCUUAUUUUUCUGUUCACAUGAGAUGUAGUCACUUUCCUUGUCCUCUUCUUUUCCUUUUAAAACUUUGCCCCUUUGAAACUCUGCAUUCUCCACACCCUUUACAGGUACAGUGUGCUUCUCCAGUCGGUGAAAGCUUCCAGUCAUUCUUUCUCUGAGGCUGAAGGGAGGAAAAAGAGGAGGGAAUUACACAAACCCCUCGGUGUGGAAACCACUCAGUGUCUCACUUCAUCAUGGCUACAUCUGCUGUCCUGAUUCUGGCAGUCCUGGUUGGAUCCUGCGCUACAUUUACAGAUGCUGUUGGAGUAGCUGUGCGACAAAAUGAAUUUUCAACACAAAAAUCAGAGGAGACAGAUGCUUACAUGUCCAUAUUCUGCUCACCACUACCUGCCUCUGUGUCCCCAUCAUCCUCAGUCCAUGCUCUCAGGCCUGAUGACGUUGCAGCUGUUUACACCUUGGGAAUGCCACUUUCACAGAGGAAUGAAGCGCCCAGAAUUGUCAGCAGACUAACUGAGUUGCUGUCCAUGUUUAGUCCUGAGGUGAUCACUCAACAUGUGGAUCAGACCUCACUGCAGCCCAGGACUCUAUUGGAGGAAGCUGAGGAACUCUCUCUCUCUCUUUCACAUGAGGUGACGGACUGGAAGUUAGUGCUGCUGUUCGUCCCGACAGAUUUACUGUGUGCCUGUUCGCCAAAUGUUGCUGCAGACGUACAAGCUGUUGUACAGGAAGUGGAAGCAGCUCUGCAAAUACUGCAGAAAAGUUUGCAACGCACUUUAGUUCAUGUGGUGACGUGGAGCGGGUAUCAUCAAGACAAGUGCGAGUGUAUGAAAAACAAAAACAUAAACCCCGGUCUAUAUAAAGCAACUCUUCUGAAAGCACUGCAGGACUCUCUAAGUCAGGUCUUGCACAAUCCAAAGUGGCACAGCGAAGGUGUAGACUUCACUGUUGUCCUGCAGCCUGAGCCAGUUAUCCUUGAACCUAAGUCAGACUCUGAAAACCCGUUGUCUGACCUUGACCAAUUAGCUAAUCAGCUAUGGACAAACCUGCUUCAGCCAUCGCAAGACCAAGUCGAGGUCAUGGAGGGCAGUGUCUUCCUUAUUCCUUGCCCUACUCAGGAGCGACCUUUCCUGCGGACACAGAUAAAUUCCCCCGCUGAGAAAGAGGUCUCUGCGCCAACUGAUCCUAUUAUGGGUACUGAGAUACCUUGCGCAGACCGCAGUCCAUCUCCUACUAUACCCACUUCAGUCCAUGAACUCAGACCUGGAGAUAUCAAGGUUGUGGCAGCAGUAGGGGAUUCUCUGACAGCAGCCAAUGGUGUAGGUGCAAAGGUUGACAACCUUCUGCUGGUGAUGAAUGAGUACAGAGGGCUGUCAUGGAGCAUUGGUGGUGAUAAAAACAUAACCACUGUGACCACAUUGCCAAACAUCCUGAGGGAGUUUAAUCCCUCCGUGACUGGAUUCUCAACGGGAGUCUGUGGCGAAGACAAUCCUGCAGCUUUUCUCAAUCAGGCUGUGCCAGGAGCAAAGAGUGGUAAUAUGGUCCAACAGGUGCGCGUCCUGGUGGACAAAAUGAAAACAGAUUCGCGCAUUGAUUUCCACAACGACUGGAAAGUGAUCACCAUGUUUAUUGGUGGUAAUGACAUAUGUGACUACUGCACAGACAGUGUGUUUUUCUCAGCCAGGAAUGUGGCCAUUCGUAUCCAAGAAGCUCUUGACAUACUCCAUAAGGAGGUGCCUCGUGCUAUUGUGAAUCUGGUCGACAUGUUGAACAUUUUACCACUUCGUGACUUGCACAGUGAUAAAACUCUCGGCUGUCCCACCUGGUUUGUAAGUUUAAUCUGCCCCUGCAUUCUGAAGCCUAAAGAGGGAUCAUUUGAACUCCAGCAGGCUAGUCGCUUCAACAGAGCGUAUCAGCUUGCCAUGAGACAGCUAAUUGAUUCUGGGAUAUAUGACACACAUGACAACUUCACUGUAGUAUUGCAGCCCUUCUUCAGAGAAGUUUUCCUCCCCAUGGCAGAGGACGGACGGCCUGAUCGUUCGUAUUUCACACCUGACUGUUUCCAUCUCAGCCAGAAAGCUCACACUCUCAUGGCUCGUGCUCUUUGGAAUAACAUGCUGGAGCCAGUCGGCAACAAAACUUUUCAACAAGACUUCACAGCUGGCGUUGAUCUGAAAUGUCCUUCCGAGGCCAACCCAUUCCUCAGGACUUCUGUCAAUAGUAACUACACUUUUCCUGGUCCUCCACCCACUCCUCCUCCAUUUGCAAACUGGGGCAGUGACUUCUUCUGCGUUAACACAGCUCCGUCCAACUCUGUGCCCACUUCAGCUCAUAGGGUUCGACCAGCAGACAUCAAGGUAGUGGGUGCUGUAGGAGACUCUUUGACGGCCGCCUUUGGUGCCAGAGCUACAAAUCUGCUGCAGCUACUAACUGAGUACAGAGGAGUGUCAUGGAGCAUCGGUGGGGAUGACAGUCUUGAAAUUGUCACAACGUUACCCAAUAUCCUUAAGAAGUUCAACCCUGGCAUCAAAGGAACGUCAAAGGGAACAGGGAAAGCAGAGACUGGCUUCAACAUGGCUGUAUCGGGUGCUAAAAUAUCGGGAAUCCCAGGGCAAAUUCGACACAUGAUUGAUACCAUGAAAAAUGACGCUACGGUGGAUUUUCAGAAUGACUGGAAGCUUGUGACCAUCUUCAUCGGAGGCAAUGACCUGUGUCAGUACUGCAACGACCGGGCCACCUUGUCAGCUCAGAACUACAGCAAUCAUAUGAUGGCAAGCUUGGAUCUCCUGUACCAAGAGGUUCCCAGAGUGAUUGUCAAUGUGUUGGAGAUCCUGGAAAUUGAAGGCCUUCGCAGGAUUAAAAGAGACAGUCUCGGGUGCAAUGUGGUGCAACCGUUUGUCUGCACAUGCUUCCUGUCACCAGGAGAGGAUUCACCAGAACUGGCUGAAAUAAAACGGGUUAAUCGGGAUCUACAGGUCAAGACUGAAAGACUGGUGUACUCAGGCCGCUAUGAUGGCAGAGAGGAUUUUGCUGCAGUGGUCCAGCCUUAUUUUAGAAACACCAUCGUCCCUUUGACCGCUGAUGGCAAGCCUGACGACAGCUACUUCUCCCAGGACUGUUUCCACUUCAGCGAACGAGGACAUGCUGAAAUGGCCAUACAUCUGUGGAAUAACAUGCUGGAACCAGUGGGUGAAAAACAGUCAUACAACAUUUUCACAAAUGCCAGAGAUCGCAUCAAGUGUCCAACUGAGGAGCAUCCUUACAUCUUCACAAGGGUGAACAGCUUGCCCGAAUCGACCACAACACCCAAACCCGGCAAAACAGUGCCGCCUCUCACCUCCACUACAAGGCCCUCAGUGGCCACCACCGCCAAACUUCUCCCCCCAGAUUGCUCGAACACAGUGCCAGCGUGGCUCGCUGCUGUGCUGGCUGUUGUCGGCCUCCUGAUAGGCUGCGCUGCCACCUGGCUCCUCCUCUCCUGCAUAGCCAAGAGAAAGAGUAAGAAGAUGAAGUUGGCUACAGUGGAGAUGAAGGCCACAGAGUUUUAAAGUGCUAUUUAUUGUGUUUUUGUAUGGGACUAUUGAAGGAAAAAAAUGAAGAAAGACAAAACAGCAUUCACAACAUUUAAAAUGAAUGUUGCUGGUGAGGCAGUUUUUCAUAAAACAUCCUGAUGAAUAUAUGAUGGCUUGGUCUUCUAUGACUACUACAAUUAAUUUUUUUUUGUCCUUUAACUUUCAAAAAUAUUACUGGGUGCAACGUUAGAAAAUAUACACCAGCCUGUACUUAAAGAAAGCAAUAAUUCAGACAUUUGAAUGAGAGUCUGCUGUAAGUCCUGCAUUAAAAAUGAAAAUGUUUAUAGUGAGGUGUGUAUUUAAAUGUUGUAGCUGGUCUAACAACUAAUUUAAUGAAACAAUAAAAUCAUUAACCACUACAAAUGAGUGGAUUUCUUGUGCAAAAAUAUAGAAUACACUCACUGACUAUGUAUUAUGUUAUUGCUGCUUUGUAUAUUUACUUUGAUUAAAGUGAAAAUAUGUUUAAAUGCACUGAGAUGCUUUUAGCCAACAUUGUGAAAUAAAUGUGAUGCAAAUGCAGUGUACUUGCCUCAUAACUGAAUGAAGUUACUCUUUCUGUAUCUAAAAAUUGUACGUGUGGUACUGGGAAAGACAAUGUAAUUAUGUAUCUUUGCUUUUGUUUUGGUCUGUUGAAAUAAAAUACAAUUGCCUUUGA